CGGUCUGCAUCUCCAGCCAUACGAGCCCGACCAAUUGACCAAUCCCGAGAGUUUCCAUACGAAGUCGCCCCUCGUUCGGAUGCUUUUUCAGUGGUGCACCAAACGACCAUAAACCCUAUUCUGCGCAAACAAAGACGUAGUCAAGGGCCUCAGCUGAAUAGCAAGAUCAAUAUGUUACACCAACUUCUGCAUAUAAAAACAGACUGCCGCCAGUUUACCAUCACCAUCCCAAACUCAGUCAGCUCUUCCUCACCUAUCGCCCAUCAUGACAAGCAAUACACCAGGUUCUCUCCCUGAAACCAUGAAAGCAUGGACAUUCAGCCAAUCAGGGCCCCCUCAAUCAACCCUGCAGUUGCAACACAUCCCACUACCGACUCUCAGCACAGACACGUCGCUGCUGAUUCGUGUCUCCCACGUCUCCCUCCACCCCGGCACAGUCAUCAUGAUGAACCUGAUCCCGUCUAUAUUCCGAAACCCCUCAACUAUCGCCGAGACAGAUUUCUCCGGGGUCGUGGUAUCAACCGGCAAGAAAGUCCCCGUCUCCCGUGCACCCAACAGCAACCGAUCCUUCCCCCCAGGAACAGCCGUCUUCGGCUCCAUCCCCGUCCCCCAGCAUCUCCUAGGAUCCGGCGCACUGGCCGAGUACGUCGUCGUCGACAUGGCGUCUGUAGCUCGAAAGCCUGAAAGCUUCACCUUCGCCGAAGCCGCGGGGCUGGCCGUUUCUGGCUCGACGGCUCUCGACCUCCUAGACGCUGCUCGACUCCAGCCGGAGGGGAAGGUGCUCUUGAAUGCUCCGUGCGGCGGGAUCGGCCAUUUCGUGACGCAGAUCGUAGCGGAUGAAGGGGCCCACUAUAUCGUGGGAGUAUGCUCAGGGACGUCGGCGGAUUUGGCCAGGGAUCUAGGAUGCGACGAAGUGACGGACUACCACGUAUUAGAUGACGGGACGUGCUUGGGGGAUUCUCUAGCGUCGAGAUUUAGCGGAGACAAUGCGUUCGAUGCCAUUAUUGACGCGCACGGCUCCCAGCACCUGUGGCAUUCAGCGCCCAAGUUCUUGAAACCAGGUCGGGGCCAUGCGUAUACGACUGUCGGGCCGGCGCUGGGGUCUUACACUUACCGAGCCAUGGGCGACGUGCUGAAGGAUAUGGUUCUCAAUAAGUGUCUGCCGAAGUGGAUGGGUGGUGUGGAUAGAGAGUAUAGACAGGUUGCGUCGAUCGUGACUACCGAGAAGCUGGAGAGAUUGGCAAAUCUGGGUGAAGCCGUGGGUAUGAUAGCGUAUGUUGGAGGAGAGUGGGCGUUUGAGGAUGUUCUUCAGGCAUACGAGGUACUGAUCAGCAAACAUGCAAAAGGGAAGCUGGCGAUUCGUGUUUGGGAGCCAUCUUUUGCUGAGUUGAAUGCGUUGGCUGGUCGCAGUAGUUGACGAUGACUCUAGAGUGUGGAAUGGGCAUAAACCAUGCAUAAUUAAUUAUAAUACUCAGCUGACAAAGCGGGGUUUUGUGCAUAACAGAUUAGGAAGGAAU